AUGCGUCUGAGAGAAAGAUGCAGAGCAGAGAAUUGUGACAUGGUGCCGACCCAAAUUGACAGAGACGAGGACAGAUUGGACUGUUCAGUGGCAGACAAGUCUCCAACCAGACACAGGCUGGCGGGCUCUGCCGUGGCAUUCACCUUUGCGGCCUUCUGCUACAUGCUCACCUUGGUGCUGUGCGCUGCUCUCAUCUUUUUUGUCAUAUGGCAGAUCAUUGCAUUUGAUGAGCUUCGCACAGACUUCAAAAACCCCAUUGAUCAGAGCAAUCCCACCAGAGCGAGGGAAAGGAUUCUAAACAUUGAAAGAAUCUGCAACCUUCUCCGCAAAUUGGUGGUACCGGAGUACUCCAUCCACGGGCUCUUCUGCCUGAUGUUCAUGUGUGCUGGAGAGUGGGUCACACUUGGCCUAAAUAUCCCGCUGCUCUUCUACCAUCUGUGGAGGUUUCUUCAUCGGCCAGCUGACGGGUCAGAGGUCAUGUAUGAUCCCGUCAGUGUGAUGAACGCCGACAUUCUUAAUUACUGCCAGAAGGAGUCCUGGUGUAAGCUGGGCUUUUAUCUGCUCUCUUUCUUCUAUUAUCUCUACAGUAUGGUCUAUGCCUUGGUGAGCUUCUAACAGACAGGCUGUCUGGAGGAAUAAAAGGAAGUAUGUGGAAUAAAUGGGGACAUCAACUCUUUCUCUCCUUAUGUAUCCUUCCCAUCAAUGGCUUGGGUUCUCAAAAACCUAACCCUGGACAAAACAAGAAGACCAAUCUGUGUGAUAAUGUGAAUGUAAAGGCCUCCACUUGAUUAUAUCGCUUCGACCUAGAGACUGCUGUCGGACAACUGGACACAGUUUUGAAGGAUUGAAACGAAACAGAAAGAGGACGCAGCAGGUGUGUUGCCUUUGACCCAUUAAAUUAACAAUAUAUUUCUGAAGGGCUGGAGCUUUCCCAUGCUGCUCUUACUGAUCCAGUCGCUCAACUCACUGUGAAGCUCCAAACACUUAGUGACUGGAAAACAACAAAAUAUGUCUGUAUUGUUUGACUUUGAGGAUUAUUUUGGUAUCAUUCCAUGUAUUUAGGAUGAUAGACACCUCAAAUAUCAAACCACUGCUGAUUGUGGUACAGUUACAUACAACUGGAAGAAACAGGUUAAAUUGUACAGGAGGACUUUACACUGUAAGAAAUGCAGAAGGCCUGGCAGGGGAAUAACAGUUUGGUGUGUGCACUUUUAACCAGGACAGAGACAACGCAUAGACCAACACAACAUCUCCUUGACGCCAGCCUCUGCCAAAAGUCAAAUUCCACACUGUAACAAAAACAAGGAAUUAAUCAUAAGUUUGACUGCAAGGGUCAGUGCUUGU